AUGAGUGAGGACCUAUUUGCUAAAGCUUUGGAAGAAAAUGGAGAGAGAAAGAAUGAACUUUUGCCUUUGCAUGAUGAUAUUGACAUAGGAGAUAUAUCAAGUAGUGAUGAAGAAUCUGAGUCAAAAAAAGAGGAAAAGGUUGGAGACAUAAAUGAAGAUAUAGCAAAAGGCGACAACGAAGCUUCAGAAUCCAGCUCACCUUCAAGCUCAUCAUCAUUAUCGUCUUCUUCUGAGGGCGACGAUUCCGAGACUUCUGAUGAUGAUGAUAAUGAUAACGAAGCUGCUGCUGAAAGUGAUAUCGAGGAAGAAGCCAUUGAUGGUCCUAUUAGAUCCAAAAACGAACUUACAGAAGAACCAGUUAUUGGUGUGCCAGAAGACUAUUUAAUUGAUAUAUCUACAGAAAUUAAAAAUAUUGGUAAGAUUAAAUCUGUUAUUGAUAAAGAUAUUAUUGUAGAACUUUCUGGAUCUGGUGAAAAUAGAAUUCUUAAAGAAGGCACCAUCUUCUGUUUAAAUGAUCGUACAAUCAUAGGAACUUUAGCCGAAGUGUUUGGUAAAUUAACAAACCCUCUUUAUAGAAUAGUUGCAUCAAAUAAAGAUUCCACUGAUAAUCUAAAAGAAAAAAUAGGUGAAGAUGUCUUCUAUGUAAUUAGAGAUGCUCAUUGGCUAGAUACAUUUGAAUUGAAAAAAGUUAAGGGAACUGAUGCUUCAAACGGCUAUGAUGAAGAGUUACCAGAAGAAGAACAAGAAUUCUCCGAUGAUGAAAAGGAAUCAAUGUUUAAAAAAAUGAAGAAGAAACAAAAGAAGAACAAAAAUUCUACACGUAGUUCAGAUAAUUCAGAAAAUGUUACCAAUAGGGUGCAUAAACAACCUUUAAAAAAUAACUCAACCCACAAAAUAAAACAGUAUCCCUCCAUGAAAUUCCCUAACGAAACACCUCAAAGCAGCUAUAGAUCAAGGGAUCAGCGCCAACAAGUAAAUUCCAACACAACAAACAAAUCGAGACCUGUACAAUCAGAGUCCAAUUCAUAUAACCGUCAAGAACCUGCAAGGAACAAUAUGGAAUACUCACAUCCAAACCACCAGUUCCAAGAACAGUAUAUGAACAAUUAUCCAAAACAGGUUCAACAUCAUCAAAUUUAUCCGCCAAACAUGAAUUAUCCCCAACAGCCAUAUAACCCAGGUCCACAGUUUCAACCACCGGUACCGUAUCAACAGUUCCAAUAUCAAGGUCAUUCAAAUGGUUCACAACAGUAUAUUCCAAAUGGACCAAAUGACAUGCACUAUCAAAAUCAAUACUCUUAUCCUCAUCACCAACCGGUUCCACCACCUCCAAACAACAUGAACCAAGUAAUGCAGUUACAUCAAUUAUUAAUGCAGCAACAACAACAACAACAUAAUCAACAACAUAAUCAACAACAGCAGCAACAUAAUCAACAAGCACCUACACCGGUAACACAGCAGUAUUCAUUUAAGAAUAAUCAGCCAUCUAAUCAAGAUAAGCCAUAUAAUGACUAUUAG